AUGCAUGGUCAAUCUAAUUCUGUCUGCGGUAGUCAGAGCCCAAAGGGUACCCAUACGGAGAGAUCUUUAGACAUUGGUGGUUGGAAUGAAGACAGAGGACAAGAUAAAGCUCCUGGAUGGGGUUCUUUGAGUGCGGGUGAUCGAAGAAACCAGAGAAGCCGUUCUACCCAGUCACCUACACCUGUGGGGCCUGAUGGUCGGAAUGCUAAUGGGAUUCUCACUGCCACUAGCAGACGCUUGGAUCUAUUCACAUGUGAGGAAGAGAAAAUUCUUAAUGAUGUUGAACCAAUUUCACUGUCGACAAAACGAAUUCUGCAUAAUUCUAGCUACAAUGAUGGUGAUCGGCUAUCGGAUGAAGAUCAGUCCUGGGUACUCAAUAAUGUUUUUCAACACCAUUCUGACAAAGCAACAAAAAUGGGUGAAAAGAUUGACUAUGUCACGGUUGGUAAGCACGACAAAUACCAAGGUACCAGGUGCUUUUUUGUUGUCUCCACAAAUGGUUUUAGAGCGGAUUUCUCUUACCUCAAAUGCCUGGAGAACUAUGUCAAGCAGAAGUACCCUGAUGGUGCUGAAGCCUUCAACCAAAAGUAUUUCAAAAAGUGCCACUCAGAGGGCAUGAACCAGUAG